AUGGAUGUUACAGAAAAUAGCCCUACCAAUGCUAUCGAUAUUAAUGAUGAGGAGUCAGUUGACGUUUCAAUGGGUAUUGAUGCAGCAAGUACUGAAAAUACAGAAGAGAAAGAGUUAAGCCCUACAAAGAAAAAGGUUAGAGCCAAUGUGGGUAAGCGUAGACUAAGAUCUCCUGCUUGGAAAUCAUUUGACUUACUACCCGUUGAUGAAGAUAACACAAAAAGGGGCCUCUUCUCGGCCGUGGCACCUGUUCAUGGACUGAAACAACCACGUUUCGUCAGACAUUUAGCCUUUUCGAAAGCAGAAGAAAAUGCGAAGGCAGGAUUCUCGGCCUCACAACCACGGCAUUAUGGGCUGAGGCCGAGGUCCAUGAAAGACCCAGCCGAAGAUACUGUGGUCAAAUCGCCACGUGGCCUCAGGACAACGGCCCAGAAAGUGUUGGAGUUAGGCGUCGAGAAUGUUCGACAGGAUUCGGCGCGCGAAGUGUUGAUCGACCUCACCACCCUUUAA